GAGAUUCCCAUGGCGUUGCUCAAAGCGGGAUUAUAACAACGGAGGGCUUGCUCGAACGAUGUAACCUACCCCAUGUUCCUUCAGCCAGACAUUGACGCCCAUCCUUCUGUCCAUCCAAACCACCAUCGACGACAGCAGCAAACGAUGCCUCCUGACCCCUCCUCCUCAUCGUCCUCCUCGAAGCCGGACAAACGGAGAGUCCAGCGGCGGGACGGUGAUGGCAUUCGGGCGGACGGCAGUUACGCACGCGAGAUAGAGAUGAAAAGAAACAGAGGCGAGAUUUCUUGUGCCGAGUGUCGGAGACUCAAGAUAAAAUGCGACAAGCAGAUUCCUUGUCAGUCCUGUCAGAGGAGGGGAUGUUCUGCGCUUUGUCCGAAUGGGAGCCUUGCCACUGGUCAAGGGACUCGAUUCGUCAUCGCCGCCACCGAACACCUCCACAAACGUAUCACCCGUAUGGGCGAUCGCAUACGACAGUUAGAGGAUGCCCUUGCCGUCCUCCAAGCCAGUAACUCGCGCGAACAGCAUCCACUCCUCCGUGACGGUCUCCUCUCCAUAGACGAGAAGCUCGAACCACCACCAGCCGCAGAAGAUGAGGAAGCAGAAGAGCCCACAGAAGCCGUCGUGAACGCUUUCGGUACCAUGUCGAUCAUGGACCACGGCGUCUCACGAUUCUUUGGGCCGACAGGUGGCCCUGAAGGUUUACUACUCGUCGACAGUGAGGACCACCUCGAUUCUCCAAAUACAGAUUCAAGCCGCGGCUCCAAAUCCCCACCCCUCCACUCCGAAGUCACCCGCUUCUCGAUCUCCUUCCCCUUCACGCCCAUGGGCCCCGCACACGAAGUCUACGCGAUGAUCUACGGACACCUGCCCUCCUGGGAGCACGCGCUCUCCAUCUGCGAAGUCUACCUCGAAAACGCCGCCUGGCUCUUCCGGGGCGUCUCCCGGCGUCAACUGAUGGACGAAAUGCUGCCCGCGAUCUACAAACGCAGGCUCAUCAAUCCAGACGAGGACGACUACAACGGGCCGCACCACCUCGCGCUGAUGAUGUCCAUCUUUGCGGUUGGAAGGAUCGUGGAUAUACAUUUGACGAUGGCGAACAGUGAGGCGGAGGGCGCGCAUUAUAAUCAGCUCGCGAAGGCCGCGCUGUGUUUGCAGCCGGUGAUGGAGAAGCCGGGACUGGUGACGAUUCAGGCGUUGCAUAUGUUGAGUAUUUAUAAUGCGAUGAGUGGGAGCGAGACGAGUGGGGGGGAGUCGAGUAUGGAGACGACGUGGUCGUUGAUUGGCCUGGCGGCGCAUUUGUCGCAGACGAUCGGCCUUCAUCGAGAUAGCGCACGAUGGGAACCAUCGCCGAAGGUCGUACAGCUACGCCGGACGCUCUUCUGGGAUCUGUUCGUUGCUGACGCUUGGCAUAGUCUGUCAACUGGACGACCACCUUCGUUCUCUCGUACUUUCAUCGACUGUCAGUUCCCCCAGGACGAAGAGAUGACAAUGGACCCCAAUGGGGACAUCGAACCCGGCUUCGGCUCCUGGGGCUUCCGCUUCGCCCUCGAAUGUGUCGCCGAGGUCGCGACACGGACACUCAACGCCCAAGGCCCAAAAUACUCCGAAAUCCUCGAACUCGAUCGGAAGAUUCGUGAAUUCGCGAUUCCCGGAAAGGCGAUGGCCAUGCUCAAGGGUCCACCGGGUGCGGAUCCGAAGAGUAUACCGCUGAGUGCGUCGAUGACGCAUUUCGUGUUAAACCAUACAAGGGAGACGAUUCUCCUGUUCAUCCAUCGGACGUACUUCGCACAGGCACUCAUUGAGGACCCGGUCAAUCCCAUCCGGAGCCCCUAUGCGCCUUCGUUCCUCGCCACCGUCCGUGCGGCAUCGUCUAUUCUUCGGUCCGUGAAGGAGCAGUUCGAGAUCCAUCCGGCUAUGUGCUCUAGGUUUUGGAGUACGUGGACGUACGCUUUCUCCGCUGCGGUCGUAUUCGGCGUGAUCGUGACGAGGGGGCCUAGGUCGCAUCUUGCUACCUCCGCGAUGAACGAGCUGGAAGAGGCCGUCACCCUGUUCUCUAAAGCCGCUCAACUGAAUCGGCGCGCUGCCAAAGCUCAUGUCAUCCUCUCUCGCCUGCGGGAGAAAGCACAUAGAGCGCUCAUACAAGCCCAGACGGAGCCUCCGACCUCGUUAGCGGACAACGGCUCAGGCUGGGAUAUCAAGCAGGAAGAGAUCGAGGACGAGCUCUCGAUCUUCGCUGGGCGGCAGAAGAUCCUGCGGCCCUCUGGAGGCGGAUCUGGGAGCUCGGGAUCCGCAAACGGGGCAUCGCCAGGCUCAAAUCAUCCUCACGCCAUGGUCGGUAUACAGGAAGACGAUCGCGUGAUGCCGCCAGUCGAUGCCGGCGGGAUGCAGAGGACUUCGCUCGGGUUCGCUCACAAUAACCAUGGCCACGCUCCGUCCCGCACCCCUCCGCAGACCGACCCGUUCGUUUUGUAUGGUGGACGGCCCGCUCCAUCUUUUAACGGUCAUGGCCACGAUCCCCAGGAACCAAUGCGCGAAUGGGUGCUGGCGAGCUCAGAGGCGCAACAGAUGCCUCCUUACACUCCCGAUGACCGACGUCCCUAUCCACCGUCAGGUCCUUCGGUAUAUGCUUCAACUUCCCACGGAGGUCCUGGACCACUCGAUCCCUCACCGUCUUCGCGGUCCGGGCACGUAUCAUACGACCCUCAGCGCAGGGAGAGCUAUCCCGCGUUGCUAGGGUCACAUCCGCACGCCCACCAAUCUUACAUUCCGCAAGCUCCAGGCCCCAGUUAUGGUCACCCCCAUCACCAACAUACGCCGCCGCAAGCGCCACCCUCGUCUUACUCCUAUCCCAUGCCUCAUACUCAACAGAGCAACGGCCACAAUCCGCAUUCUACGCACCAUAUUAGCCAUGACCACGCUCCGCCCGCAUGCCUGCUGACACUUAUUAUUCACCUCAACGACGAUGAUCUGCGCCACUUGGACCUCCCAAAGUCACAAGUCUAG